CUCCGAUGAGUGGACGCGAGAAUGUUCUGACGACAUGCAAUGAUGCAUUGUCCUUAAGCGCACUGACUUGAUGAACGCACCGAGACACGUCAGCAAGCAAAGUCAUGACUUGGCAAAACAUAAAACGCAGACGUAGGAUCACAGGCAUCGUGGUGGAUGCCUCGGGCACAUACAUGCAAUGACGUCUGCUCAGAAUGAAUGGCUUGAUGGUACUGCUGCCAAAUGGGGUCGGGAUUGUCUGUCAGGCCGGGGGCGGGGGGGAGGUGCCGGUCCACUGUGUUGCGGCGACAGAAGCUGGGCGGCUUCUCGCCCUCUGGCACCACCUGACAAAGACAGAUUGAUGCUCACAGGUGGAUUACACAGAAGUAGCUGGGACAUGGCUGUUUUGUGUGUACCUGUGGUGGUCUGCUGCUGCUGCCGUCUUUGUCCUGUGUUGAUGUGGCUGGCUCGUCCUCUUCAGCCGUGAGGGUGUCAAAGUCAUCCUCUGCAUCAUCAUCUGCAGCAACCGACGCACACUCAUGUGCCACCAUAUGAUGCCUGCCGAGUGAAUGUGUCCCUUGCGUCCGUCGAGGGCCGCAUCGAGAAGCGCUUCCACCCUACAGGCAGGCAGGCAGACAGAUAUCACAGCUGUGACACAUCCACGUGUGUGUGACCAUGGUCAUGUAGGUCGCACACUCGUCGUCUGCCUCCUGAAUGGCCGCGUCUCGCCGGGAAUCCUCACACCCUGAACCAAACACACAGCCAGCAUCCACCAGCUUGGUCGAGGCAGCUUUCUCUCCGAGGCAUCACCAUGUUGGCUGGCUGUGCGCUGCAGGUCGCUGUAUCGCUGACACACUCGGCCGAGCUUCCACUGGUGCACCGCUGCACGGGGGGCACCUGGUGGGGUGAGUGACACACACAAAGGUCAAUGAGCUGGACACACGAGACGGGUGAUUAAUGACCACUGACCAUCUUCCCCAAUGCCUUUCUGGUAGCAAAUCAGUCCGUUCGGAUGAAUCACAGACACAUUGCCUGACAGACAGACAGACAGACAGACAGAGAGUGGGUGACGGACGUCUCAAGGUCUAAUGGCGUGUUCCCUGGCCGGCCUACAUGUGGUGUCGAGUUGGUGCGCCUUGUCGGGGCUGUAGAGGCGGAAGACCUUCCGCCCACGCAGCAACACAUACAGAUUGUCGUGCUGCACACACACAACUAACGAAAUGCAAAGGACAUGACGGUUGGCUGUGCAUCUGUCUCACAAAGUCAUGGUGGAGUCCACUGGUGGUGCCAGCGCGGCUCUGCCCCAUCCACACGUUGUACUGAUACGGCAAGAGGUGACUGCACAAGCAGACGAACAACAGUGUGCCGCGGAGAGAACAACUGGUUGUUUCCAUCCUCUCCUACCCGAACAGCUUGGGCCUCAACGGCACAUCAGCGAGCAGGGCGGACGCGGGAUGCCCAGUGAGCGACACAGGACCUGCUCUCAACACCCAAGACCCGGUGGACACAGCCAUCAACAGAGUCCAUCAGAGUGGUGUGUGUUGACUGACCGGUGCCUGUCUCGUCUAUCGUCUGUGUGGUCAAGUAGAGAUCCUCACGACCUGCACCCAACAUGCAGCCAGCACAAUCAGCGGCCAAGUGGCUUCGUGGCUGCAUCCAAAGUGGAUCGCUUGCCUUUAUCGAGCUCAUCGAGGAAAGCACCGAAGGCCAUCCUUACUUUGCGGCCCUCACCUGCACGGCCACAAAAGACAAAGCGAUGACCGAACUCUACUCCUGCCCAUCCCUCACCAAAUUGGUCAAAGUCAUUCCGCCGGUGCUCGACAUCGACAAACGAAUCACCGGCCCUCUGUCGCAAAUAGCUGUUCGUCCACCGCUGGAGACCCUUGAAUUCGCCGCUCAAUGAGUCAGUGAGCACCACUGGCAUUCGCCACUUGACGAACUGAUAGAAGAAAUCACCAGCAGAGAGAGAGGCCAGGGGCACACCCUCAAUGGGCCAAAACACAUCAGGCGAGAACCUGAAUCGACAGGCACAAAGUGCACCAACAGAGGAGCAAUGGGAGGUGUGUGCUCGGGUGUGCUCGUCCAGCGGCUUCCUUCUUUGCAUCGUCGAACUCACUCACUCACCCUUUGUAUGUGACGACGGCGUCUUGACAUCUUUUGCCUCUUUCUGCCCUGUUUGUGAAGAUCUGCUCAUCCCGCUGCCUUCUCGGCUUCUUGCGAUGCUUCAUUUUCAC